AUGUCCGUCGAAAUCACUAUUACGUUGUCGUCGGAAGACGUGCAGGCUAUCCACGAGUCCAUCAACCAAAGCAAUGACACCCUUCCAGAUGGCGUGAACCAGGCUGUAAUUGCCGCUGUCCGAGAACAGACCAAGUCUUUCAAGAGACGCAAAUUGGGUAUCGACAAGAGCUCUGAUAAUGGGCUCAUCAACAGUCAAGCAUUACAGGAAAGAAAUGUUGGACGCGAGGGGAGAUUGCCUCGUUCUGGCCUCAACGACGCUCCAGAUUCUCCGUCCAAGCGCACAAAAGGCAACCGCACGUCUCAACUCUUCACUCGUAGCCAAGCGAAUGUCGACGAUCUCACUAUCUACGUCAAGACCCUUACGCAGAAGACUCACCAGCUGCACGGUCUAAAACCUACUUCGACAAUCCGUCUGCUCAAAGACAAGCUCGGUGAGGAUUCCGGGUUCGACCCUGAUGAUAUACGUUUUAACUUCGCUGGCAAACCGCUGGAAGAUGGCCGCACCUUGGCUGAUGUAAGUCGAGCCUACUUCCGCAAUAAAUAUCAAAAGAGUGAGAAAGCUGACAUUCAGUAG